CCAGUAGCCUCUUUGGUCUCUGCUAGUCUUUCAAAUGCUACAUAUUCAUCCCCCAAAGUAUUUGACUGGGGCUCUAUCGUCCCAAGCAAGCAGCUCGAGUAUCACAACUGCUACGACGGCUUCAAGUGCGCUCGCCUGCUUGUCCCCCUUGACUGGUUAAACCUCGAAGACGAACGCACCGUCGCCAUCGCCAUAGUGAAGCUGCCUGCUGCUGUGCCAGAUGACGACCCGACCUUUGGUGGCACCGUCAUCUUCAACCCUGGCGGCCCCGGGGUUUCUGGUGUUAAUACAGCCGUAAAGGGGGCAGCCAGGUCCGUCCAGCAGAAGCUCACUGACAAGCCCGGCAUUCGGUACUAUGAGAUUUUGUCCUUUGAUCCCCGCGGUGUUGGAAACACAGCCCCAGUCAGUGAUUGUUUCCGCUCCAAUGACUUUGCUCGCAAUGCUUGGAUCCUUGAAGACCGGGGCAAAGGUUCGCUCACCUCUGGUAACACCGCCAUCUCCUAUGGACUAGGCCUCAUGAAAUUCUAUUCCAACCGCUGUAAGGCUGACGAACAGCUGAAUAAGACUUUGGAAUACGUCGGCACUCCAAGCGUAGCCCGCGACAUGGUGGAGAUGAUAGACAAAAUUGACGAGCUGAGGAAGAGCGAGGCUGGCCAGAGACUGGAAGACAAAAACAACCCCGUGCCGCGGAUUCAGUAUCUUGGCUUCUCAUACGGCACCGCCUUAGGCAACACUUUUGCAUCCAUGUUCCCGGGCCGCGUUGGACGCAUGGUCCUCGACGGUGUGGUUGAUGCUAAAGACUAUUAUAAUGGAGAUGGAAGCACCGCUCUCAAGGAUACAGACAAGAUGUUUGAUGAAUUCUGGCGGGGGUGCUUCGACGCCUCCGUCACCAAUUGCCCCUUUCGUUUGUCCUACAAAACCCCCAAAGAAGCCCAACAGCGCUUCUGGGAAUGGAUCACUGGCCGCGACGGCCUCAACCGCUACCCGGUGGCAGUGCCCUCGGCCAACGGCAGCCCCUUGGUCAUUAGGGGGUCCGAUGUUCUCGUUGCUGCUGGCGACGCACUGCACGAUCCUGUGAAGAAAUUUCAGCCUCUCGCCUUGGCCCUCUACGAGGGAAUGAUCAAGGGCAACUUGACUCUCAUGGCAAGCCUGGUCGACGGGACUGUUGCAAAGGUUGGAGACAUGUGUGAGAUAGGCUCACAGCAGUUCAAGCCCGAGGGAACAUGGGCCGUCGCCUGCAGCGACAGCAUCGACCUUCGUAACCACGACAUCGAUUUUUGGAACAAGCACAUCCAGAAGCAGGAGAAAAUAUCGAGACUCUUCGGUCCCUUCUUCGCAACCUUCCGCUUUGCCUGCUCAAGCUGGCCGUUCCGCUCCAAAUGGGAGUACCGCAGCCCCUUUGUGACGCCCGCCCCCCGUUCCGAGCCGCUCUACUUCGCGAGGCCCGCCGCGCCGCUGCUGUUCCUCAGCAACCGCCUCGACCCGGUCACGCCCCUCAGCUCCGCCCGUGCCAUGGCCAAGGGACAUCCCGAGUCGGGCCUCCUGAUCCAGCAAUCUAUGGGGCACACCACAUGGGGCGGCGGGCCGAGCCGGUGCACCUGGGAGGCUGUCCGCAACUAUUUUGACGACGGCAGGAUCCAGGCAAAGGAGUUCGACUGCCCUGCCGAUUGUGACCCG